AUGGACACGCUAGGGAGAAACAGUCAAUCAGGGGAUUUCGUAGACGAUCCUCAGGAUGACAUGGAUGUGUUCUGCAACGUGGGCCAAGGCCUAGUGGGUCGCUACCGCGAAAUUAUGGUGCAGUACUGGCAAGAGCUUAUCAAUGAAAUUGAAUCUACUAAUGAACCAGGUUCACAACAUCAGGAUGAUUUCAAAUCUCAUUCGUUGCCUCUAGCAAGGAUCAAGAAAGUCAUGAAAACAGAUGAAGAUGUGAAAAUGAUUAGUGCUGAAGCACCCAUUCUUUUCGCAAAAGCCUGUGAAAUCUUUAUCACAGAGUUGACUAUGAGAGCCUGGUGCAUCGCUGAAGAAAACAAAAGACGCACACUGCAAAAACAAGACAUAGCACAGGCACUACAGAAAUCUGAUAUGUUCGAUUUCCUCAUCGAUAUUGUUCCAAGAGGAGCAGAAUAA